UGUUAUGUAUGAUUUUGCUGCCGAGCCCGGAAACAACGAACUGACCGUCAGUGAAGGGGAGAUCAUCGUCAUUACCAACCCGGAUGUUGGUGGAGGCUGGUUAGAAGGAAAAAACAGCCAAGGAGAGAGGGGACUUGUUCCCACAGAUUAUGUUGAAAUUAUAAAUGAAGGUGCAAAAGAUGGAAUUACUUGUGGUAACUCAUUAGCUGACCAAGCCUUUUUUGAUUCCCUCUCUUCAAAUACAGCUCAGACCAACUCGGCUGCUAAGAGCAGCAAUCAGGUAAACAAUGCCAGCGAUCCAUGGUCAAGCUGGAAUGCUGGGAAGUCUGGGAACUGGGAUAAUGGAAACGCUGGCGAUAGCUGGGCGACGAAGCCUGAAAGCGCGGCGGGGCAGAGGCACAGCACUUCAAAUAACUGGGAAGCAGCAGCAGCAUUUGGCCAUCCACAGGCCUAUCAAGGACCAGCAGCUGCUGAUGACGAUGAUUGGGAUGAUGACUGGGAUGACCCAAAAUCAACCUCACCGUCUUAUCUUGGUUACAAGGAGACUGAGUCGACAGAGGGUGGAGGGCCCCAGCGAGCCAAUUCUCGUGCAGCUGCUAUGAAGUUGCCACUUAACAAAUUUCCUGGAUUUGCAAAACCUGGAAUGGAACAGUAUCUGUUGGCAAAGCAGCUAGCAAAACCCAAAGAGAAAAUUCCCAUAAUAAUUGGUGAUUAUGGCCCGAUGUGGGUUUAUCCUACCUCUACGUUUGACUGUGUGGUGGCAGAUCCCAAAAAAGGUUCCAAAAUGUAUGGUCUCAAGAGCUACAUUGAGUAUCAGCUGACCUGCACUAACACUAAUCGGUCUGUCAACCACCGAUACAAGCACUUUGAUUGGUUAUAUGAGCGUCUCCUGGUUAAAUUUGGGUUAGCCAUUCCAAUCCCAUCUCUUCCAGACAAGCAAGUAACAGGGCGCUUUGAAGAGGAAUUUAUCAAAAUGCGUAUGGAGAGGCUGCAAGCUUGGAUGACAAGGAUGUGUCGCCAUCCUGUUGUUUCGGAAAGUGAAGUUUUCCAGCAGUUUCUCAAUUUCCGAGAUGAAAAGGAGUGGAAAAUGGGAAAGAGAAAGGCAGAAAAAGAUGAGACUGUUGGAGUCCUGAUCUUUUCUACAAUGGAGCCAGAAGCUCCGGACUUGGACAUGGUAGAAAUAGAACAGAAGUGUGAUGCAGUGGGUAGAUUCACCAAAGCAAUGGAUGAUGGUGUUAAAGAGCUUCUGACAGUGGGACAAGAGCACUGGAAACGGUGUACAGGGCCACUACCCAAGGAAUACCAGAAGAUAGGAAAAGCAUUGCAGAGCCUGGCACUGGUCUUCAGCACUAGUGGAUACCAAGGAGAAUCUGAUCUCAAUGAAGCAAUAACAGAAGCAGGAAAAACCUAUGAAGAAAUUGCCAGUCUUGUAGCAGAUCAGCCAAAGAAAGAUCUUCACUUUCUGAUGGAAACAAAUCAUGAAUAUAAGGGAUUUCUUGGUUGCUUCCCUGACAUCAUAGGAGCUCAUAAGGGAGCAAUAGAAAAAGUGAAGGAAAGCGACAAGUUAGUUGCGACCAGUAAAAUAACGCCACAAGACAAACAGAACAUGGUGAAACGUGUGAGCACCAUGGCCUAUGCACUACAAGCUGAGAUGAAUCACUUCCACAGUAACCGGAUUUAUGACUACAACAGUGUCAUUCGCCUGUAUCUGGAGCAGCAGGCACAGUUCUAUGAAACGGUAAGCUGUAAUGUUUCAGUGCCACUUCCUUGGCUCAUGCUGCAUUGCUGCAUUCGUU